UGAUAUUCCUGACCUUGUUGUUCUUCCCAAGUGCUCCUGUUCUCCCAGCCACCACAAUUUUUCCCCAAAGUGGCCUUUCUCUACUGUUCCAGACCCCACCAAGACUCACCAGAACAGCUUAUCCCAAUUCUCCAGAAUGCCGUCUGACAUUUUGACUCUCCUUUAGGGCUGCUUUUGGAGGAAUCCCCCUCUACAGAAAGUUAUUCCUGGUUCCUUCUGUUUAUUUCCCGAGUCCUUGGUUACUAGAGGAGUAUUUUCUGAGGGAAAGCACAUGCAAAUCAGGAAGCAUUAUUCUAGAGACAAUGUCUGUGUAUGAGUGUGUUGGGGUGGGGUGGUCAAUGGGCAGGAAGUGAACUCUGGUCUGUUUUCUGCAGUCUUCCUCAGCAUGCUGGACCCCCACUGGCCCGUGUCUUUGGGGUCAUCCUUUCUGAAGCAUGUAUAUCCCCUCUGGUGGAUGGUGCAUCAUGAUACUGGAGUGAGACUGAGUGGGGUCCCCCCAUGGCCUGAGAGUGGCAGCUAUUCCUGCCAUGAGCCUUGUCCUCAAGGCCUUGUGAGUGAAGGUGACUUCCUCUCAGGACUUAGCCACUCCCUCCAAACGAUAGUGGAAAUAAAUUUGAAUAAACAAAACAGGUUUGCUGAAAAUAAAACCAGGACUCCCAAACCACUCCAGUCAGCCUGCUUCCAGAAGGCCUGUCAGUCAGGGCACCGCCACCAGUGGCUGAUUGAGCAGCAUCCAGCAUGUACCAGGUGGUCGCAUUCUUGGCUAUGAUGCUGGGAACCCACACCCUUAGUUUUCGACUCCGGAAGGACUGCAGCCACUGGCCCAGCUGUGGUCCCAGCAAAGGGCAAGAUCUCUCUGAGGACUUGUUGCAGGGGCCAACUGUGUUCAUGUCUCCCCCGGAGCCUGAGAGCCUUGCCCAGCACCCAGAAUCCUGCAGGGCCAGUGAAGACGGACCCCUCAAUAGCAGGGCCAUCUCCCCCUGGAGAUAUGAGUUGGACAGGGACUUGAACCGGCUCCCCCAAGAUCUGUAUCACGCCCGUUGCCUGUGUCCACACUGCGUCAGCCUACAGACGGGCUCUCACAUGGACCCCCUGGGCAACUCGGAGCUGCUCUACCACAACCAGACCGUCUUCUACCGGCGUCCAUGCCAUGGUGAAAGGGGCACCCACCAUGGCUACUGCCUGGAGCGUAGGCUCUACCGAGUCUCCUUGGCUUGUGUGUGUGUACGGCCCCGUGUGAUGGCCUAGUCAUGCCUGCCACCUACCUGAAGCCAGAUCCUUAUCUGUAAGACUGCAGCCAGGUGCACAACCAUCUUGCCAUGGUAGGCCAAGAUACCCACAUGCUUGGUCCCUCUGAAGCACCACCUGCAUCAGCAAGCUCCUCGGACAGGAUGGAGGCCUUGGGGAGAACACACACUUUGGCACUUUUUUUUUUUUUGGCACUUUUUUUUUUUUUUGGAGGUGCUGGGGAUUGAACCCAGGGCCUCGUGCAUGCGAGGCAAGCAGUCUACCAACUGAGCUAUAUCCCCAGCCCCCCACUUUAGCACUUUCCAGAAGCACUUUUGGAAGGGAGCAACUGCAGCUUGUGGCUGCUGGAAUCUGUUGUCCUGGCAUUUCCUUUCAGAAAAGGCCUUCAAAGCUCUGCCCAUUUCUGGAGGCCACACUCCUGACUCUUCUUAUCCUCCCAUCUCCAGCUGCCCUGGCCCAGCACAGGAACUUUCUUCUUUUUGGCCCUGUUGACCCUCAUUUCAUUUGUUUGUUCGUUCAUUCAU